AUGGCCACGGCCACGGCCACGUUGGUUCGCGGCGCCUCCCCGCGCCUCGUCACGGGCCACCUCCUUUUCCUCGCCGUCGCUUCCCUCCUCCUCCUCCUCUUCUUCUCGCCGCGGGCCGCCGCGCAACCGUGGCAGGUCUGCGGGAACACCGGCAACUACACGGCCAAGAGCCCCUACCAGUCCAACCUCGAAAGCCUCGCCAAGGCACUCCCCGCGAACGCGUCCCGCUCGGGGAACCUCUUCGCGACGGGCAGUGUCGGCGCCGUCCCGGACGUCGUCUACGCGCUCGCGCUCUGCCGCGGGGACACCAACGCCACGGCCUGCGGCUCCUGCGUCGCCACGGGGUUCCAGGACGCUCAGCAGCUCUGCGCCUACGACAGGGACGCGGCCGUGUUCUACGACGCCUGCUACCUCCGCUUCUCCAACCAGAACUUCAUCGCCAGCACCACCAACAACGGCGAUCCCAUCAUCCUCAUGAACACGCAGAACGUGAGCUCGCCGGUGCGGGCGUUCGACGCCGCCGUCGCCGUGCUUCUCAACGCCACCGGCGACCACGCGGCGGCGAACGCGUCACGUUUUGGCACGGGGGAAGAGGGUUUCGACGCAAGAAGCGACCCCACCAUCUACGGGCUCACGCAGUGCACGCCGGACAUGUCGUCCGCCGACUGCCGGAGCUGCCUUGGGAGCAUAAUCUCGGCGAUGCCGCAGUACCUCAGCGGAAGGCAGGGCGGAAGGAUUGUAGGGAUGCGCUGCAAUUUCAGGUACGAGGUGUAUUCUUUCUUCUCCGGAGCCCCCUCGCUACGUCUGCCAGCGCUGGCGCCGCCACCGGCGCCAUCUCCUGCGCCAUUUAACGUGACGCCAACGGCAACCCCACCAGGAACAACAGGAAACAAAACUGGUAGAGUUUUAGCCAUUGCACUGCCUAUAGUUGCUGCAAUACUAGCUACUAUAGUACUUUGUUCAUGCCUCUGGAGGAGGAAGAGGAAAACACCAGGGAAGUCAACACUUCCAGAUACAACUAAUCCAGAGGACAUACAAAGUAUUGAUUCUCUCAUUAUUGAUAUAUCAACUUUGCGAGCUGCAACAGAAAACUUUGAUGAAGCCAAUAAGCUCGGUGAAGGAGGUUUUGGUUCAGUAUAUAAGGGAAUCCUCCCUGAUGACCAGGAAAUAGCAGUGAAAAGGCUCUCACAGACUUCUAGACAAGGGAUGGAGGAGCUGAAAAAUGAGCUUGUAUUGGUUGCUAAGCUGCAACACAAGAAUUUAGUGAGGCUUGUUGGGGUUUGCUUGGAGGACCAUGAAAAAUUGCUUGUCUAUGAAUACAUGCCCAACAAAAGCCUCGACACUAUUCUAUUCAGUAUGGUGUGGGAGCACUGGACGACGGGAACAUUGAUGGAGAUCAUGGAUUCAUCCUUGAGCAGCCUUGCUCCGCGAGACCAGAUGUUGAAGUGCAUCCACAUCGGGCUCCUUUGUGUUCAAGACAACCCCGGAGAUAGGCCGAUGAUGUCUACAGUGAAUGUCAUGCUUAGUAGUAGUACGGUGACCCUCCAAGCUCCAUCUAGGCCGGCGUUUUGCAUCCCAAAGAGUGGCUUCAACUCAGAGAUGAACUCAGAAGUGUACCCAGGAGCUUCACAAUCUGCAAGCAGAUCACCUAUGUCGCUGAAUGACGUUUCAAUCACUGAGCUUGAGCCCAGAUGA